CUUAAAUAGGCCGCGUCGCCUCGCCUGCCACUCAGCCUUUCCUUGGGAGCAGGACAAAGACGAAGACCAGACGAACAGAGAAACGCUCAUUCACGCUUUUGCCUUCCUUCCUUCCAUCUUUUGGUCAGCAUGAGGCGGGGCGUGGCCGCGGCGGUGCUGGUGCUGCUGGAGGGGAGUCUCCUCAGCCUCGUGAGCAGCCAGCGUUUGGCUCUCGGCCGAUGCCCUUCACCCCCCGCCGUAGACAACUUCGAUUUUGAAGACUACGCUGGGGUGUGGUUCCAAGUACAGAGAUACAGCCACCCCCUGGAGUUUCGGUCGCCGUGUGUGUCUGUGCGCUACAUUCAGAGGGAGGAUGAAACCAAUUCUUACGACACCAUUACCCGCUACUCAGGCAGCCCACACAUAUGGAGCAGCCUGAGCUUCUCUGGACGUUUGACUGGCGUUGAUCCGACUAGGGACCUGAGCAUCUUUUACCAGAGCCAUGGAUUCUUCCCGCGCUUCAAGACAUCUCCUCGCCUCGACAGUGAAAACUACCGGGUCAUCUUCACGGACUACUGUAAUGUUGCUGCUGUGUUCAACUGCCGGGAGUUUGGAUUCUUCAAUAUACAGUACUUGUGGGUGAUGACCAGGGAUAGGAAACCAGAUCCUAACCUAAUUUUCGAGAUCAGAGCCAUCCUUCUGGCGCAGGGGCUGUCCGUGGAUGACCUCAGAAGCACUCCCCAAGACGGCUGUGAGGAUGAGGAUGGGACACAAAACAGCUGUGAGGAGGAGGAUUGACCGUAACAGCUGGCCCAAAAAUUAUCAGCCACUUUAGAAUGAAAAUAUAGAGAACAAAAACUAAAGAUGGCGGAUGCUGUCAACUAUGAAUAGCAUGAUGAUUGAGGAUUUUCAUAUUACCUUGUUUUGUAGCGGGAUUACCUUUCCCAGUUGACUUUUACACACACACACACACACACACACACACACACACACUCAACGCCACUCAACGCCAUCAACUCGAGUGGGUGCAGAAAAGGGCGGUGCGGUUGAUCCUGGGGACCGGCUACACCACCUACCAGGAGGCCCUCCCCGCCCUUCAGGCCCGCCACCAACACCUCCUCCAGCAGUUCGCCACCAAACUCCUCCACCACCCGCGACAUAGGAACCUGCUCCCCUCGGUAGCUCCCCCUCCCCGCCACAAUGUCCGACAUCACAACAAGCUGCUCCCCAUACGUGCGCGUACUGACAGGCAUAAGAACAGUGCAAUACCCACAAUAGUGAAAAUCCUCAACACAUAGACUCUUUACUCCUAAGUUAAUUUUAAGUUUGUAGUUUUAAUGAUCUCCCUAUAUAAGAUGUAUAUUUUCAGCUCUCGAGCUGCUUAUCCCUAAAUAAACCGUAUAUUAUUA